AUGUCUGGCCAUGCUGCCCCAUAUCCUGGCAAAAGCCCCUUCACCAUGCUGUCGGUGGACGAGUGUGUGAGCACAGUGGCAAGCAAAGUCCUUGGACCUCUGGAAAGCAAGACAGUCCCUUUGCAAACUGCCCUUGGGCAUAUUCUGGCAAGAGAUGCAGUGGCGGUGGAGGCCAUCCCAGCUUUUCCUGCAUCGAUCAUGGAUGGCUUCGCUAUGCGGUCCAAAGAUGGACCUGGGAAGUAUCCGGUGGAUGAACUGUCUGGCGCCACAGCUGGUGCAGAUGGCCAUGGACCCCUGAAGGAGGGCCAUGUCCGCUACAUCACCACUGGUGCACCUGUACCAGAAGGUGCAGACACUGUAGUCAAGGUGGAAGACGCAAACCAGCCGCUUGUCUGCCUUCACCACCAAACACCCGCAAACACCCACUCUCGAACAUUGCUGUUUGGAGCUCAGCACAAGCUCUGCAUCAGGCUGGUCCAGCCAGAUGGGCAGCUGGAGAUCGACGUCUUGUGUUCCAGUAAGCCCGGGGCCAACAUCCGAGCAGUAGGCGGGAACCCAAAUUUUCCCAAGAUCCCUGCCAUUCAAGUCCAGUUGCUCUCGUCCCUUCCAGGCUCCGACACGCAGCAGGGCGAGGUCAUUCUGCAGAAAGGCGCUCGCAUUGGUGCAGCCGAGAUCGGCGUGGCUUGGCCGUGCCCGCAAGUCAGGCCAAGGCUUGCCAAGGCUUAUUUGUGCUUGGCUCAGGUGCUGGCUGCUCUCGGCCUCGCCAACGUGGAGAUCUUCCGUGAGCCCCGAGUGGCCAUCAUCUCCACUGGCGACGAGUUGGUGGAUGUAGGUGCAGCAGGAAGCACAUAUGGGGCUUUGAAUAUCAUCAUAAUGUUGAUUUUCUGCCUCUUGCUCUGCUCCCGUCCGUAG